CGCUUCUUCAAUGUGGAUUGAUCCACUCACGGAUCCAAUACAUUUUUUUCUCAUUGAUUCCAUUCCAUGCGUAGCAGGGUCUCCCCCCACUUUCCGACCCACGCGCACACCGUAGCCAUUUUGGCUCGAGCCUUCUGGAGCCCGUCGUAGUCUGAGCAGGACGAGGGCCCCGCGGCUUGGGCUCGGCCGGGUCUUGCGCGGGAGGUGCGGGGCGCGGUUGCCGCGUUCUUGCGGCAGGUUGCUGGCGGGCGGCUGGCUGCCCGCUGGGAGGCACUGUGGCAUGCUGGCCGUUGCUGGACGUGGUGCUGCAUCGAUGGGCGCCGCCCGUCGAGGCGCCGCCCGCGGGCGCGCUGGGCGCGUCGACAGAGGCGCGGUGCGGGCGGUCCUUACAGCUGCCGAGGCGGGAGCCCCGUGGGGAGGGCAUGGCUGCGGGCCCCACGGCCGAGGAGCAGGCGUCGCAGGGGCAGGCGCCGAGGCUCGAGUCCCCGCCUCUUGAUCCCGUGCGAGCAGCAGGGGGCCGUGAGGUGAUGGGCUCAUUGGCCAGCUCAUGGGGAGCGGCGUGGCGGAGCAGAGAGGCCGCAUGUCCGAGGACGCAACCGUCCCGGAGGCUCCUCGGGUCGCGGAGAGCUGGUGGCGGCUGCCGAGGCGCCUUGCCAAGGCGCGGCUGCCUCGCGGCCGCGAGGGCCGCCGCGACCGCGCGGCGCAGUUCUCGGCGCUCACUAGCAGCGGCGGCGGCAGCGGCAGCGACCCCGAGGCGGUGGAUGAAGGCGGUGGUGGUGGUGGCAUGACCGAGGUCGUGCCCGCCCCGCGCGUCGCGGCCCGAAGCCCUCCCGUCGCGGACUGGGAGGUGCACAUCAGCGUGGAGGCCAGCCACGCGGGCGGGAUGGGUGUCGUCGCAGUGGUGCUUGCUGAGCGGGUGGAGCGCGAGAGCGAGGUCCUCGCGUCUCUGAGCAGUUGGACGAGGUCGCCCAGGUGAGCGAGCAGGAGUUGCAGGGCGAGCCCGAGGCCGCCGUCCAGGGCGAGCUCGUGCAGGGGCCUUCCUGAUGGUACGGGUAUGCGGCGCGGCCGUGGAAUGUCGCCGCGCGAGGAUGCGCGGCGAACGGCGGCCGCCUGCAUCGCGCGCUGGUGGCACCUCGUGCGUAUCCUGGCCCUGAAGGCCGAGAGGGCCGCGCUCCGAGCGCAGAAGGCGAAGGAGGCGUCGAGAGUCGAGGGAGAGUCUUGCCUCGUUCGCCAGGCUGCGUGCAAGGCGAGCGAGGUGAGCCUCCGAGCCAGGUGGCGUUGCCGUGUCUGUAUGUUGGUUGCACUUGGUUUGAAUAGUUUCGAAAAUUCGCGAGUGCUCAGUCUGGCCUGGAGGGGCUGCUGCGGUAGCCUAGCUGUUUGUUUGGGGGCAUUGGCCGUGGGCGCGUGGGUAGCCCGCCAACAAACUCCUUAUCGCGCUCGCUCAGCCAGACUCAUUGGCACACGUACUCA